GUGGACAUGGAAAUCAGAUGGGAGGACCGCAGGGCGCUAUGGGUGGUAUGGGGGGCAUGGGAGGCUAUCCUCAGCCGAAUAUGGGGGGCUAUCCCCAGCCGAAUAUGAGCGGCAUGUCUCUCGAUGGGCAUAAUAUCAACAACGAUCAGCAGGACCAGGACGGCAAUCAGCAGGAAAACAACCAACAGCAGCACGGCUCAGAAUUCAACAUACCCGUCAUGUGUCGGAUCGGACAGGAGACUGUCCAGGAGAUCGUGACGAAAGCGUGCGAGUUGUUCCAAAUCCUCAAAACACUUCAGCCGCCCACAGGCACAAUGAACGCUCAGGCGCAGAAUCUUCAAGAGGAACGGAAAGCGAAGCUCAACGAGACCCUGAAAGCCUUACAAGGUCUCUUCAAGAGACUGCGUCGAGUUUACGAAAUCUGCGAUCAGAAUGGAUCGGGCGGUGAGUUCUCGUCGCUCGAACCCGACGUUGCAACGAUUCAACUCGUCCCUCUUGAAGAAGAGCGCCGGAAAGACGAGGAGGAGAAAAAGCCCUCCGAGUACAUGAAGGCUCUGAUGGACGAGCGCCAGAAGCUGGAAGAACAAGUCCGCCUGAAGAACAAGCAGAUGAAGGAAAUCAUCGACAUGCUACGGAGUAUUGUCUGCGAGAUCAAUACCAUGCUCGCCAUGCGAAAGAAACAUCUUCCUUUCUCGAAUAGAGUGACAGGCUUCAAAUCCAAGCCGCCAAUGUUCUAGACCGAUUUUAUAUACGAUUUCGACAGACGGAAACCUCGAGCGAGGCGCGACUGUCGCGCGAUGCAUUGUGCUGACGUGUUCCCGUUCAAGUUGGUGGCAGUGCGUUCACGUAAAUCUCGAUCCUCUUUUAUUGUGACUCGGAGUCUCCAUAGAGACGCCGCCCAUAGGUUUCAGAAACAUGAUGUACAUCUCCGACUGUAAUAAAUCCUCCCGAUAUACA